AUGCAACUUUACGGCGGAGCUAUCAGUGCGGUACUCCCUGAAGGAGUUAUCGAUGUCUCGGAUUUUAGACAGAUUCCGGAUACGCAAGAGGUUUUCCUUCUUGAGAAGCCGACCGGUCUAGACCAAUCGAUUAUCAUCGAUCUUUUGGAGAAAGUUGACGCUUCCGACUUGGCCCAAGUCAUCGCUGUCCAUUUGGACGAUAUUUUGGAAGGGCCAGCCUCCUUCCUUGCACCUUUAGAGUCUCUGAUGAACCAAGAGGUCCAUUCGCAAGUCCACACCUUUUUGAUCAGACCGCCCGAGUCCAAGAUGGAGACGUCUGAGGUGAAAUUGUUCAUGUUCGUCGCCUUGAUCCGCUUGGAAUCUGUGGGCACUGAUGUUGUCAUCACGAUGAAUGUCCCAUUGAAGAGCGGAGAAGUGACGCAAGAAACUUUCCAAAAGGAAGUUAAUAACGUGCUUAGUGGUGGAGACUCAGAGCUUGGUGUUUGUUACCAGCAAAUCAAAAACACCGCCCUUUCGUUUCAUGUGAACGACUGGGCCUUAUUUGGAUAG